UCUUUGUCCUUUGCUCUCAAGUUUUUUUUUUCUCAAAUGGGUGGCUCAGGAAAAUGGUUUAAAUCACUCAUAUCUCACAGAAAGCCCUCCACCAGCGAUCAAGAGAGGGGUGGUGGUGGUGGUGAUAAGAGCAAGAAGAAAUGGAAGCUAUGGAGAAGUUCUUCAGAAGGGUUUGGUUUUGGAUCCUCGACGAAGAAGGGUGAUGGUUCUCACAAGGCCUUUUCUUCUUUGGUGGAUGAUGAAGUUGCUUUUAAUGCCGCGGUGGCAACAGUGGUGAGAGCACCCCACAAAAAUUUCAUGGUGAUCAAGCAGGAAUGGGCUGCUAUACGCAUUCAAGCCAUUUUUCGAGGCUUCUUGGCAAGACGAGCUUUGAGGGCGUUGAGGGCAGUGGUGAGGCUGCAGGCUAUAUUUCGCGGAAGGCUAGUGAGGAAGCAAGCUGCUGUUACUCUAAGGUGCAUGCAGGCUCUUGUUCGAGUUCAAGCUCGCGUCCGUGCUAGGAAUGUGAGGAACUCUCCAGAAGGGAAAGCCGUGCAGACACUAUUAGAUCAGUACCGCAACCAAGCUGAUCCUAUUAAGGAGGCUGAGGACGGCUGGUGCGACAUUCCAGGAACAGCAGAGGAAGUUAAAGCAAAACUUCAAAUGAGGCAAGAAGGAGCAAUUAAGAGGGAGAGAGCAAUGGCAUACUCAAUGUAUACCAAGCAAUCAACAGCGUGUGCUAGUCCACGCUCGAGAGCUUCCAAGCCAGUCACACCUCUCAAGCAAGGCAGCCUAGACAAUAAGAGCUCGCGAUUGAGCAUGUUAGAGCGCUGGAUGGCGACAAAGCCAUGGGAGAGCAGGCUACUGGAGGAGAACAAUUUCGGCUCGCUUGACAUGACUCCAGUGUCUGGAAAAUGUGAUGAUCUUGUUGCUCCCUUCAAUUCACAUCAACAAAGAGGCAUAUCCAAAGCAAGAAGCAGCGGUGCGAUAACAAGAAUUUCUUCCAAGUCUCUCACAACUACUCAAUCAACUCCAUCUUCUUCGGGUGUUAGCUCUGAAUGCAUGUAUGAUGAUAGCCCUGCCUCAACCUCAUGUACAUCUGGAUCACUGCCAUCGAUCAACAAUGUUGUGGAGGAAGCAGCAGAGGAUAGAAGUGUUAAUAAACCAACCUACAUGAAUCUGACAGAAUCAACCAAAGCUAAACUGAAAUCUUGUAGGUGUUCCUCUCAGAAUUCGAAGAGACUCUUAAUGGAUGACUGUCAUUCUCAUGGCUCAAGAUCAGAAUUUCUAAAUGGAGACAAUAGAAGCAGUUGUGGAUCCUAUCCUUCAGUCAAUUCGUGGAGGGAUCUCUAUGCAACACCUUCAAGAGCAAGUUAUCAGAAACGAUUAAAUUCGGAUGAUAAGUAAAUUGAAAUUCCAGUGGCUGGUGAUAAAAGGAUGUUUGGUUUAGCAUUCAGAAUGCUUUGAACCAUGAUUCAGGCAAAAGAUUGUCUUUGAUGAUAAUGUUUGCUUGAAUAACGAUUCUGGAGUUUUGAAAGCUAAACCAAGCAUGACAUAAGUCUGUUAGAAGUGUGUUCUUUUGAUGAGUCCAACAGCUGGUUGUUCAUUGUCACCUUUAAUGUGUGCACAAUUCACAUGUGAAAAUUAGCAUUUUGUUUCAAGUUUUCUUUUUUAGGAAAAAACUUAUG